AUGGUUCUAGGCCGAGUUAUCCGCGCACUCCCCGGCGGCGAGGCUUGCUCAGUUAUCCGUACGCGUUGGCUCACGACAAUCUUCGUCAUCGGCGAUGUCUUCUCUUUCCUGGUGCAGGCCAGCGGCGCCGGCCUCAUGGUUAAGGACGGCAGCAUGAAGACGGGCGAGAAUAUCGUCGUCGCUGGCCUCGUCAUCCAGAUCAUCUGGUUCGGCCUCUUCGGUGUCACCGCCAUCAUCUUCCACCUGCGAUACCGGUCCAAGAGUGCCGUGACUGCGAGCUACGGCGGUCACUCGGGACCGACAGCCGCAGAGCUCCCCUGGCAGCGCCUCCUGAUGAUGCUGUACAUCGUCAGUGUGUUCAUCAUGAUUCGAUCGAUCUUCAGGGUCAUCGAGUAUGUCAUGGGGUCGGACGGAUAUCUGCUGCAGCACGAGUGGACGCUGUACGUCUUUGACUCAAUCCUCAUGUUCGGCGUCAUGGCCGUCUACUUCGUGUGGUACCCAUCUGGUCUACAGCCCCAAGUCAUAUCCACUCCGGCCAGUAUGGAGAUGGCCGUGCCGCGUGAGGAAGAUGAAAGGAAUAAGCAGCACUAUGGACGUCACUAG